UUGGAGUGAACAAUAAAGUUAUUUGCAAUUUGUAUCUUUCUGGGCCAGAGUUUCCUGGGAAUAGUAAAGCAAUGUUGGUGGAGGCAGCCUGGUCUCCAUCCAGCCAUGUUAUGGCAGACAAGCCAUGGUCUAAGGAAAGAGAUCAGGAGGAAAAGGUGAGCCCAACAGCCAGGUUUUUGAGCCAUGAGGCUCUGGAAGGAGAGAUACUGGCUCAACCCCAGCUCUGCCAUUUAUAAUUGUAUCGCUCUGGGCAAAUAAUUGUGACCUCUCUUAGCUGUGGUUUCACUUAAAAUGGGGAUAAUCAUGAGACUGAAAUGAGAGCCAGUGCUCAGCACAACCUGAGCCAGAGACAGAGCUCCGCACACUGCAGCUGUCAUCAUUAUCACUGCUAGCCUUUCUUGUGUUAUCUCAGUGACACUAAAGCUUCCACUCCCUGCCCCACCCCACUCAGCUAGUUCCACCAGUCUGUUUCCAGUGCCCCAGGCCCAGUCCCAGCAGACCAUGGUGGCCCUUGGAGGGAGGAAUCUGAAACCUAUUGUCGGGCGGCCUCUGUUUCGCAAGCAUUUGGGGAGUUUCUCAGGGCCAUUGUGCCAAAGACAGGAGCAGACACUCCCUUCCUCUAAUCCUCUCUGUAGCUUUUCUUCUCCCUGGCUGGCAGCGAAUCCCUGGGUUUGUCUGGGCCCAUUGCAUCAGGGAGAGCUUCUCAAAUACCAGCGGAGAAAACCUCCUGCAGCCAGCGUCUGUCUCCUCCCUGCCUCUUGCCCCACCACCCCGGGAGGAGAAGGAGAAACAGGAGGUGAGAGUCUGAGGGCAGGUGUGUGUGCUGCCCGAAGGUAGCCAGCCAGCGCCCAGAUGAGCAACGAUGAGGAGAGGAUUGAGGACAUUGUGUCGGUCCCAGGGAGGCUGACACCUGUGCUUGCCCUGGCGACACUGAUAGCUGCCUUUGGAUCAUCCUUCCAGUAUGGGUACAACGUGGCCGCUGUCAACUCCCCUGCCGAGCUCAUGAAAGCAUUUUAUAAUGAGACCCACUACAGUAGAUUCAGUGAAUACAUCAGCGAGUUUUCCUUGACGUUGCUGUGGUCCAUUUCUGUGUCCAUGUUUCCCUUUGGAGGCUUCGUCGGAUCCCUCAUGGUUGGCCCCUUGGUGAAUAGACUUGGCAGAAAAGGGACCUUGCUGUUUAACAACAUAUUUUCCAUCGUGCCCGCCAUCUUAAUGGGAACCAGCAAAACUGCCAGGUCGUACGAGAUGAUAAUUUUGUCCAGACUUUUGGUGGGAAUAUGUGCAGGUCUGUCUUCCAACGUUGUCCCUAUGUACUUAGGGGAGCUGUCCCCUAAGAACCUGAGGGGGGCUCUCGGGGUGGUGCCCCAGCUCUUCAUCACCGUUGGCAUCCUUGUGGCCCAGAUCGUUGGUCUUCGGAGUCUCCUUGCAACUGAAGAAGCACUGAAGAGGCUGCGUGGCUGGGAUGAUGUGGAUGCCGAGAUGGAGGAGAUCCAGCUGGAGGACGAGGCCGAGAAGGCCGCGGGCAUCAUCUCCGUGCUGACGAUGUUCAGGAUGAGGUCCCUGCGAUGGCAGGUCAUCUCCAUCAUCAUCCUCAUGGGCGGCCAGCAGCUGUCAGGAGUGAAUGCGAUCUACUACUACGCAGACCAGAUCUACCUGAGCGCUGGGGUCAAAGACCAGGAUGUCCAGUACGUGACGGUGGGCACAGGGGCUGUCAACGUGUUGAUGACCAUCUGCGCUGUGUUCGUGGUGGAGUACCUGGGGAGGAGGGCCCUGCUCCUCCUGGGCUUCUCUGUCUGCUUCAUCGCUUGCUGCGUGCUGACCGUCGCUCUGGCUCUGCAGGACAGGGUAUCCUGGAUGCCUUACAUCAGCAUCGUCUGUGUCAUCUCCUACGUCAUAGGACAUGCCCUUGGGCCCAGUCCCAUCCCGGCGCUGCUCAUCACGGAGGUCUUCCUUCAGUCCUCCAGGUCGGCCGCCUACAUGGUGGGGGGCACCGUCCACUGGCUCUCCAACUUCGCUGUGGGCUUGGUCUUCCCGUUCAUUCAAGUGGGCCUCGGAGCUUACAGCUUCAUCAUCUUUGCCGUGAUUUGCCUUCUCACCACCAUCUACAUCUUCCUGAUUGUCCCUGAGACCAAGGGCAAGACAUUCGUGGAGAUCAAUCACAUUUUCACCAAGAUGAAUAAGGUGUCAGACGUGCACCCGGCAAAGGAUGAACUGAAGGACAUCCCCCUCUCUGCCGUGGAGCUGUAGCUUGAGAGGAGGGGCCUGUUAAGCGGUCGGUGUGGAGCUUCCCUCCUGGGCUUUUUUUCUGACUAAAAGUUGUCUAUGAGUAUCCAGCACUAGGCCAAGGCCAGUGUGGAAUGCAGGCCCCAAUGGGACUGUCCGAAAGGCUUCUGUGCGGUUCUGAAAGCCAAGCUGUCUCUGUCCAGAUUGACCCAUCUCCAACCCCAAGUCACAGCGAGCAGCUGUCCCCUAGCUGUGCUGGGUGAGCCACUGUGGGACUCCGGGUGACGCCAGCUCUUAUGAUAAGAAUCGUUGGUAGGGUAGUGCGAUGGAAGGAAUACAAUUUUGCCAGAGAAAGAAACUCUUCUUUAAUUCCGAGUCUUCUGGGGGCCACAAGCCUGUGUUCAGAGCAGAAUUCAUUCUCUUGUCAGAUCCACCUCCAGAAACACCAGUCUUGGAAAGUGUGUUGUCACAAGUAAUAAUGUCUAAGAAGCUGGGGAACAGGUCCCUGUGGAGAUUUUAACUGAGUCAGAGAUUAUUGAUCAUAAAUUAUAUUGUUAGGGGACAACAGAAUUGCAUCUGUAUACUCAAUAAAAUGAAUAAUGGUUACUUUUCACCAA